AUGGCCGCCGGCUUUUCCAAUCCUAGAGUUUCAAAGAAUCCCCAAAAUACACAACUGAGUUACGAAUUGCCACAUCGCACUCAUACUACCAAGGUGUACCCCUUAUCCUCUCCCAAUGGAUCGACGAUUAUUUUACAAGGCAAUGAAAAUGGUGUGAAAAUUAUAUGGAGAGGUGGCAGGCCUUUCAAGUUGCCGCAGGGAGCAACUCCAAAGGCUGCACAAACAAACGGGUCGAAUAAAGCUGUCAUAUCUCUUGACUCAGAUGAGGAAGAACCCUCUAAACCACCAUUUGAGGAUAAACCCGAGUUUGAAGAUGAAGAGCAAGAGAUUGACCCAAGAAGGCCGUACCCAAGCGUUCUGCAGACACUAGAUUUACAAUUUGGUACCGAUGUUCUUCAUAUCAGCGUUUUGCCGAACUCGAUACUUAAAGCAAGUGGGGCACCCUGGCGUGGAAUCGAUCCAUUGAAACAAAAAAUAGUUUUCACCGCAACCUGUGGUGAUAAUACUAUUCGACUGAUCACACUACCACUCACACCGCCGUCUCCCCUAAGUAAGGACCGUGAUGAAUUUCGACUUACUCCUACGAUAGCAAACGUCGGAAACGGAAAAUGGGGAGAAACUAUGAUUAUUUUGACUGGCCACCAAAAAACUUCUGAUGGUGUAUCCAUGACUAUUGAUUUUGAGGGAAAGCAAUCUUCCACAAAAGACGAAUCAAAUACUGAACCAGAAACGCAAAUUAUUGUUGCUUCACAUUCAAAAGAAAUUACUGGAUUAUUACAGCUAUGGCGCAUACUACUGCCGAUACCAUCGUCGUCAACUAUGAUAUUACCAUUCCAAUCCAUAUAUAUGCCAUCUCCGGCUGUCAGCAUCUCUUUCAAUCCAUCAUUCUCAGAACAACAUUCAAGUCAUUUACUUGUCGCCGAUAAUCUAGGCACUUGUCGAAUCUAUAAUUAUAAGCUUCUAGUGAACCCAUCGGAAGAUCCCGAGAGCGCGAUUUCUGAGCAAGGAUCUUGGCUAAUAUCUUUAUAUCCUGGAUUCAAGAACAGUAAACCUGAUUCCCAAGCACCUCAAAAGAACAUGUAUUCUGGAUUCGGUCGAAAGACAAUCGUAGAUGCAAAAUGGGUAUACGGUGGUAAGGCAGUUAUCGCACUCUUGAAUGAUGGAGAAUGGGGUGUGUGGGACAUAUAUGGAGUAGGACCAGGCGCAAAAAGAGGUGUCCUUGGUCAGCAAUCCAUAAAAGGAGGUUCACGAACGGAUUUCAACCUUACAGGUUAUGUUGAAGGUGCUACAAAAUCUAGUUCGAAAACCUCGGGUCCGCCACAAAUUGCCCAAUCAAAAUUCGCUCCCAUGACUCCUGGAACCCGUAAGACGACGGAUCUAUUCAGCAAUAAAGUUCAACCUUCUGGUCCAAUUCGUGGAAGUAUCUCAGUACUCGAGGUCCCGUCGACAUCUCCUCAUUUAACAUUCGAAGAGUCCAUUCUUUUCUGGCUUGGUGAAUCGUACACGCUCAUCCCGUCUCUUUCGAAAUACUGGUCUGCCAAUCCCCGCAGAGGCCAAUCUUCAACAAACAUUUUCAACACAUCUCCUGGUUCUCGGCCCAUCAAAUUAGAACAUGUAGACCUAUUAGGUGAACGUUGCACUGGUAUCGAACAAGCUCCUAAAUCCUCAAUCUCACUACAUUCCAGGACUGAGAUAUCAACCGAUAUUUUCAUAAUGGGUGAGCACAGAUUUACCAUUUUCAUUGGUGGAAAAUCUGUAAUGCCAAAACCAAACCAGAAUGCAUACGCGUUACAAUUGGUACAAAACAGAGAGGAUGAAGAUGAAAAUAUGGCGGAAGAUAGAAUGAUAGGGGUCGGUAGCGGUGAAUUAGAUGUAAAUGAUAUUGAUAGGGCCUUGGCGAGGAUGGAAAAUAAUGAGAGGCCUGGUGGAAGAUUGUUAUUUGGUGGCAAAGGAAAAUGGUAG